AUGGCGGCCAGCAAUUACUACGGCUUCGCGGCCGGCGCCGGAGCCCCGUACAGGUAGGUGGGGAGCAGGGGCUGCGCCUGAGGGGCCAGGGCGGCCGGGGGAGGGGUCUGGACGCGCCCCGCCUCCUCCUCGGCGCGCUGCUCCUUGCUCCUGCACAACAGCCCGGCCAGGUGGGCCGGCGGGGGGGGGCUGGGGCCGGAGCGGCUCUUCCCAGCAAGCCUGGCAGGUAGGCCGGGGGGGGCAUCGCAGUCCCCUUCUCCUCCCCGUUCGGGUCAGAAGGGGGAAAGGAGGCUGGCAGGACAGAUUUCCGCAAUGCUGGGCAUGCGCUGGCUUCAGCUGCCGGUGCAGCAGCCCUGCCAAGUAGGCUGAUGCUGGCGCCCCUUCUCCCUCUCCCCCCUCCUCCAAUUAUGGUAAGAAAGAGAGGGCAGCUGAGAGGACAGACAUCCACAUUUCUGAAAUUUGCCCAACCUGGUGCCCUCCAGAUGUUUUGGACUAUAAAUCCCAUCAGCCCAAGAUUGCAUGGAAAAUAAGGAUUAUUGAAGUUGUACGCGACACGAAGCCUGGCAACUCCAACCUGGCUAUGUAGGAAUCGCUUGCAGACGACCGCAGUGCCAUUUUCCCUUAGCGGCCACCACUUUUUUCCAACCUCAUCAGUCUCUCACUUGUCGUCUUCCUUUUCAGUGCCCAGCCUGCUCCAGCUUACUGCCAUCCCGCGACAGCAGCCAGCUACACAGUCCAGCAGAGCCCUGCGAUAGAGCACGCUGUGCCCCCCGCCUAUACUCCAGCUAUACAGGCAGCCAGGUCUGUGGCACCUGCAGCAUAUGGGGGCUACCAGCCACCGUCAACGCAAGACUACGGUUAUGGGACGCGGCAACCAGAGCCAACCCCCCAGCCAACUGUCGCCCAGAACUAUCAGGUAGCUGCUAAUCAGUAUCCUCACAUCGGUGGGUUGGGUUUAACACAGGGGAGGCAACUAGCGGCCCUGCAGAUGUUGUUAGACUCCAGACCCCUGCUACAACAUUGAUUCCAAAUAUCUAGGAAUGAUGGGAGUGAGGGCCACAGGUGCCCCUUGCCUGAUAUUUUAGGGGCUGGAAUAAAAGUAUUUUGCAUACUGGUGUUUUCUAAUUGUCCUGCUCCGUGGGGUGUUCUCUGGGUCUAGGGUCUCAGUCCCAAACACUUCCCAAGAGAAUGGGAUGCACAGUGUGGCAUUACCUCAGCAAGCCAUGGCCAGGUCCGGGGAAUCGUUCAGCUGUAAGUCCGGGCAAGGGGCAACACAGGAAGGAGGUGGGGGAAGGACCCAGAAUCAGGAGCCAGAGAUCUGUGUUGUUUCUUGCAAGAGGCACACAUUUUGUGAGCUAGUCCCCACCACACGGACCAAAGCCUAACUGCAGCUGCUGGUGGCAAAUAAGUUCCUGGGUUGAUUCCUCCAGAUCUGUGUGAUGACUGUGUGAGUCCACAUUCUGUUGCUGCUCUUUGGCCAGGACCUUUUGGUGCCAGUGUUCUUGAGGACUGUAGGAUGGCUCCACUACCACCUCCUCCUCCAGCAGGUCUCCCACCGGGGCACCCUUACCACUGGUGGCAGGAACCUCUGGCACUGGGUGGUCAGGUUUGGCCAUAACGAGCAGCUGACUUUCAGGAGAACGGAAUGGCAAUAGUGAGCCUUUCCAUCAUAUUUCAUUGUGGGGUCCAAAGUGUGCAUUGUCCCAGGAUCCCAUAUGUGCAGUAGAAUGAGGUGGGAGGAGGGGCUGCACCACUUCAGACGACAGAGACUGCUUUAUAUGCUCCUCCAUUGUGUGUGUAAAAGGAGAACAAGGUGGGGGGAGCUCUUUGCAAACUGCUGCGUUAACAGCACCAAAGUGACUUCCCUGGCACACAAGCCUGGCCAGAGCAUCUGGAAGUCCUGGGCAGCCCAGAUGAGAAGACCCCCCCCCUUUUUUUGCUUCCCUGAUGGGAUCAAAAGGAAAGCAGAGCAAGACGUUGGGCACCAGCUGUUGUACAGGGCACCAUCCUACUGUCUUAGGGACUCCACUCCAGAUUUGUGCCGGGUUUACUCCUGAAGCUUUUCUUCUCCCUCCCAUAGGUGUCAAUAAAUUCCAUGCAGGUUAGUGAGCAGGUUGGCAGGGGAGGGGGAGGACGCCCAUCCUUCAUCUGGUGGUCUGCUGGAAGAAGGAAGACCUCCUCCAUGCUCAUCCAGUCCCCUGUAGGCUAAUAUUUUUUUCAGACUUAUAACCUUUGUGGGCUUCUUUACAAAGCUGUUGCAGUGCAUGUUUUAUGUGUCUAAUAUACAUAUAAUUGUGGGAGAGGGGGAAUAGUGAGUGUUCGCCAUAAGUACAAAAGGGGUUGGAAUCUGACCAUUCUAAACACGUCUAGUCUGUAUCCUUGUUUCAACGAGGCUUGACAAAGAGCUGUGCUGGCUGGGGCUGGACAAUGUCUGUUUUAGUUCUUGUAUUCAUUUCCAAGGCCCUUAGCAACUUGGGUCCAGGUUAUUUUAAGGAUCAGCUGACCCAUUAGUGAUCCCUGGGAUCUUUGGAGGAGUCUCUGUUGGUGAUCCCGCAUGGCAUACAAUGACCAGAAGCCAUUAAUUCAGUGUUUUGGGCCCAAGUCUGUGGAACUCCAUCCCACCUGAGAUGAAAUACGCAUCAUCCUUGCUGAACUUAAGGCACAUGGCAAAGACUUCCAUAUUCCAGCAGGCAUUUUAAUGUAGUGUUUCAGAUUAUUUGGUUUUAUGAUGAAUUUUUGUUUUAUUCUUCACAUGGUUGGUUUUUAAGAAAACAACUUAGUCAUGCUAAUAUAUCUGUCUUGAGAGACAAGGGAUUGCUGUUACUGGCAUCCAUCUGUCUCGAGAGACAAGGGAUUGCCACUCUGGGGGUGAAGUCUGAACGCCGUGUUAGCAGCAUCAAAGUGACCUCCCUGGGGCGCAAGCCUGGUCAGUGGUUCUGGGGUUCCUGGGCUGCCCAGACAACAAGACCCCCUUCUUGCUGUCGCUGAUGGGGUCCAAAGGAAAGCAGACCAAUACAUUUGGCUGCAGGAGUUGCUGGAAGGAGGUGUACAAGGUGCCAUCCAAUUGUCUUAGAGACUCCACUUCAGAUUUGUGUAGGUUUUACUUCUCCCGAAGAUAUCCCUCGAGGCAGUGGAGGUUUUGGAUCAGGGUUUUACUUCUUCUAGAUGGGCUCCGUUCCCAGGUGUACAAGCACCACCUGCCCUUCACUUCCCUCUACAACACAUGCAAAAACCUCCAUCUGACCCCCUCUUGGUCUUGUCCACUUAAUCUGCUGGAGCCUGUCUUGACGUGCAGGGGAAGGCCCUAACUGGCCAGGGGUUUGAGGCCUAUUAGCUACCCUCAUCUGGUUUAACCAGCCAGUCAAGGCUCUUUCACAGGGUGUGGCUGUUGUCAUAGAAUCGUAGACUUAGAAGGUAUCCCAACCCACUGCGAUGCAGGAAUCUCAUCUAAAGCAUCCCUGACAGAUGGCAAUCCAACCUCCGCUUAAAAAUCUCCAAGGAAGGAGAGUCCACUACCUCCCAAGGGAGUCCGUUCCACUCUCAAAUAGCUCUUCCUGUCAGAAAGUUCUUCCUGAUGUUGAGUCGGAAUCUCCUUUCUUGUCUCCUUUCUUCCAGGCUAAAUAUCCCCAACUCCUUCAACCGUUCCUCAUAAGGCCUGGUUUCCAGACCCCUUGAUCAUCUUGGUUGCCCUCCUCUGCACUCGCUGCAGCUUGUCAAUAUCCUUCUUAAAUUGUGGUGCCCAGAAUUGUCACAUACUGACAGCUUCUAGGAGCCGCAGGUGAGAGCUGAGUGCAGGGGGGGGCACCAAAGGAGCAUGAUGUGUCCCCCACAAAGGUACUACCCCUCCCCUAACACCUCAUACACCUUUGCUAACAUAUAAAUGCCUUAAUAAUGAUGAUGAUUUUAUUAUUUAUACCCCACCCAUCUGGCUGGGUUUCCUCAACCACUCUGGCCGGCUUACCCAAUGGACCAAUACAGCAACUGUUUUGGAGAGCAAGUGAAAUCAAUUCCUUUCUGACUUUAGUGGGCUACACACACACAUAGCUAUAUGGGUAUGAUUGAAGCUAUAAAUUUGUUCUCAGAACAGCUAGGGGGAGAAUUCUUUUCCCCAAGCAUCUGAAGAAGUGGACCUGAAGAAGUGUGCAUGCACACGAAAGCUUAUACCAAGAACAAACUUAGUUGGUCUCUAAGGUGCUACUGGACAAUUUUUUAAAUUUUUUUAUAUAUUUCAACUGCGUCAGACCAACACGGCUACCUACCUGAAUCUUUCCCCAAGCAGUACAACCUGGGAUAACUUUUUUUUUAAAGCAUCUAUUUAUUUUUACAAUUAAUAUACUGCCUCCUCCAGCUGGUCAGAAACUGCAUUGCAGGGGAAUAUGGAGGAAACAAACAGAAAGGAAGGACUUCUGAUGGGAUGGAAUAAUAGGGCAACUUCAGGAGUCAUCAGGCAUCACCUUCAAUGAGGCUGGGGGCCUCCAUGUAGAUCCCGGACUGCUCCCUUUGCUUGAGUGGAAUGAGAGAGCCACAGUGAUGUCUCUAGCAUUCCCCAGAUGUUGCUGCACUAAAUUGGGAGCUCCAACACCUGGGAGGAUACAAACGUCUCCAUCCCUGUCUUAGGAGGAAUCAAUUGAAGGUGUGUAAAAGUGUCCCUGGCUUUUCUGCCCCCCAAUAUUUAAGCUACCUUAAAUAAGCCACCCAGAAAAGGCUCCUAUCAGCCAAAAGAUACUCUGGGUUAUGGGUCGCCCUGUGGAAGGCAUCCGGCCGGCUUGUGUUGCCCUCACCUGCUUAUUGACAGCCAAGUUUUGUUUUGGCAGGAUGGCUACAGUUACGGCCGAUCCCCAACAGCAGGCGGCUAUGAGACCAAACCAUAUUACCAGACGGUGGUCACGCAGCCCCAACACGUGGCCACGGACUCGCACCACCACUCGAGUGAGGUCACCUACACAAACACAAUAUCACUGUUCAGGCGUGUUCAGAAUACUAGAGGCUUGUGGAAGCAUUUGUGAAGUAGUUUCCAGUAACAGCUGUGUUGGUAACGGGGAAGGUUUGGGAAGCAGCCAUGGCGAUGGGGGUCAUCUUAAGCUGCCCCCUUCCUGAGCCACUAGAGCUGUCCUGCACUGCAAUCUCACGCUGCUUUUAAGCUGGUUUAAUAGAACCAAGAAGUUCACUUUGUGUUGGAAUAAAGAUGAGUGCAAUUACUCCUUUGUAAACAGUUCAUACAGGUUUGAAGCUGUCUGGAGGAGCGGUUCUCCCAAUAUGAGCCUGCUUGGGCUUUGAGAUCUUUGGGGGAGGCGUGUUCCAGUUCCUCCACCUUCACAGGCAUGUUUGGUGAGGACAUGAGGCAAGGCCUUCUUGGUGGCUGCUCCCAGACUGUGGAACUCACUUCAGCCUAGUUGGCUAGGCUAGGUCUCCAUCUGCUUUCCUUUUGCCAGCAGGCAAAGACUUUUAUUUUGCCAUGCCUUUUGCCACCAACUGGCUGUUGUGGAUGGUCUUCUGAGGCUGAAUGUUGUUGGGAUUUUGUGUGUGCUUUCAAAGGGUUUUAAAUGUUUCAGCACUGCAUUUUUAAAGGGUUGCUUAUUUAACCGUUUUUUAAUAUUUAUAUUUGUGUGCUUGUUUAGAUUUGUGCUGGGAGCUGCCUUGGGUCCCGCACUGGGAGAAAGAGAGGAUAGAAAUAAAAUAAAUAAAAUAAGGUGGUUUAUUUAUAUGUUGCUGUUCCUUGUUGCUGAGGAGUCUGGUCAGGCAAAUGAAAUGAAGGAUUGUAUGUUAGCUGUUCUCUAGCCUCAUUGAAAUGAAUGGCUCUUAGUCAUGUUCUUCCGUUUCACUGGGUCUCCUCCGAGCAGAAUUUAGUUGGAUGGAAGCCAGGCAAAGCCCAAGGAGCUCAGGCAGGCAGAAUCUGGGCAGGAGUCGCCUGCUGCUCUCUGGUCUUCAGCGACUGCUCUCUGUUCUUCGUAGACUCCCAGAGCAGCUACAGCCAGCCUGCGGCCGUGUACAGUCCAAGCCAGCCCCAGAGACAAGUGA